AUGAAACUGAUGCUAUCGACGAUCGUGGGCGGCCUUCUCAUCCUGUUCACAGUAUGGCUAUCAAGGUUCAUCAUCCAGUUCCGCAAGCAACGGGCCUUCUACAAGACAGUACCAUGCCCUCCUCACGACUAUUGGUGGGGUCACCUCAAGCUCGUCGGCGAGACCAUGCGCGAACUGCCGCAGGACUUUCAUUACCAGCAGCUCAUGGCUUACAUUGGACAGAAGUAUAACAUGCCUCCUGUCUUCUACCUGGACAUGUGGCCGGCCUCAUAUCCCUUGAUGAUGAUCUUUGAUCCAGAGGUAGCCAGCCAGCUCACCCAAACGACACCCCAGCUUAAACAUCCCGUCAACCGGGCUUUUGUCACACCCUUGGUCGGUUCACCGUCAAUCGUGGCGGUCGAUGGUCCAGAAUGGAAGCUCAUCCGUAGUAUCGUCAUCUCUGGCUUUGCUCCAUCUUAUAUCGCCAGUUUGACGCCCAUCCUAGCGAAGCACGUUACACGCUUCAUGGAGAAGAUGUCCAACUUCUCUGAAACGGGCGAGGUCUUCCCUACGCAAGAUCAGACCAGUCUUCUCACCUUCGACGUCAUCUCUGAGAUUGUGCUGGGAACUGAUCGCGACUCUCAGCGCAACUUCGAUCGUCUGGCAUACCACUUCAAGCACGCAAGUAGACUAUGCAAUUCCCCUUCGUUUAGCCCGAAAUGGUACUUGUUAGCAAUCCCGAGAUGGUGGCACGCCAGUCGGCAGACAAAGAUCAUCACGGCAGCAAUCCACGAGAGACAUGCGAACCCACCUGACAUCAGAGGCCGCGCAGCCAUCGACCUCUUUAUCAAAGCCUACUCGGACGAGAAGCUCAAUCCUGAACACAAACCCAAUCUCGAUCCCACGCGUGACGCAUACUUCAUGCGCAUGGCCGUCUGCAACGUCAAGUCCCUGCUCCUCGGCGGACACGACACCACCUCGUCCACAAUCUCCUAUACCCUCGCCCUGCUAAGCACACACCCAUCCGCUCUGCAAACCAUGCGCACCGAGCACAACUCCGUCUUCGGCCGCAGCCAACCUUUCUCCACCAUCGCCAAACGUCUCUCCGCCCAGCCAUCUCUCCUCUCCGACUCCAACCUACCCUACACAACCGCCUGCAUCCGAGAGACCCUCCGCAUCUUCUCCCCCGCCUCCAGCACCCGCGCCGCCCGGCCCGACGGCCCGCGAACCGUACGGUUUCGCGACCGCGACCUCCCCAUCACGGGCCAGCAGAUGUGGAUCGCGCACAUCGGCUUCGGGAUGCGCGCCGACCUCUUCCCGCGACCCAACGACUUCCUUCCCGAGCGCCACCUGCCGGACAGCCCACUGGGACCCGUGCCCAAGGACGCGUGGCGGGCGUUCGAGAAGGGCCCGCGGGCGUGUCUGGGCGUCGAGUUGGCGAUGAACGAGAUGAAGAUGGUGCUGCUGGGGAUGGUGGCGGAGGGCUGGCUGGACCGGUUGGAGGUUGCGUACCCGCGGGAUGCGCCGAGGGCGCCGGCCGGCUUCGGUGGGGUGGGAGGUGAGCGGAGGUGGUUCCAGAAGAUCGAGUUCUCGGCGAAGCCUGUGCUGGGGAUGCCGAUGCGGGUGGUGGCGGGCAAGGGGGGAGAGAAAGGGAAGGUGAGGUAA